GCGAAGAUGUCAGGCGCAGCAGUUGACUAUUCAAAGGCUACUGACGGAACGAGACUCGUAUCACUCGACCCAUACCUCGAGCCAUUCGCUCCUGCACUGAGAGAUAGACAUGCCGUCUAUCGCAAGUGGCUAGACACCAUCAAUGCGACCGAGGGCGGCCUUGUCAAGUUUUCAGAGGGAUACCGCAGAUUUGGCUUCCAAGUGGACGACUCCCAAAAUGUCACGUAUCGCGAAUGGGCUCCAGGCGCUCAGUCGGCCAGCCUCAUUGGCGAUUUCAACAACUGGAAUCGCGACUCGCACAAGAUGUCCAGAGACGAUUUCGGUGUCUGGUCGAUCAAUAUCCCUGCCCAAGGCGGGCAAUGCGCCAUCCCGCACAAGAGCAAAGUCAAGAUCUCAAUGAUUACACACAGCGGCGAGCGAAUCGAGCGUCUUCCAGCCUGGAUCAAGUACGCCGUGCAAGACCUGUCCGUCUCCCCUGUUUACGAUGCCGUCUUCUGGAAUCCUUCGCAGCAAGAGCGCUACGUACCGAAGCAUCCGAAACCGCCUAAGCCGGACAAUGCCAAGAUUUACGAGGCGCAUGUCGGAAUCGCCAGCCCUGAGCCCAAGGUCGCCUCGUAUAAGGAGUUCACGCAGCGUGUCCUGCCCAAGAUCCACGAAUUGGGCUACAAUGUGAUCCAGCUGAUGGCGAUCCAGGAGCAUGCCUACUAUGCUUCGUUUGGCUAUCAGGUCACCAACUUCUUCGCUCCGUCCUCACGCUAUGGUACCCCCGAGGAGCUCAAAGAGCUCAUCGACGUCGCGCACUCAUAUGGUAUCACCGUGCUGCUAGACAUUGUCCACUCCCAUGCCUGCAAGAAUGUACUGGACGGCCUCAACAUGUUUGACGGGACCGACCAUCUGUACUUCCACGAGGGCGCGAAGGGGAGGCACGAGCUGUGGGACUCUCGCCUCUUUAAUUACGGCCAUCACGAGGUGCUUCGCUUCCUGUUGAGCAAUUGCCGCUACUGGCUCGACGAGUACGGCUUCGACGGCUUCCGCUUCGAUGGCGUGACCAGCAUCCUCUACACACAUCACGGCAUUGGGACGGGCUUCUCGGGUGGAUACCAUGAGUACUUUGGGCCUUCAGUGGAUACCGAAGGCGUGGUCUACCUGAUGCUGGCGAACGAGAUGAUCCAUCAGCUCAACAGGGACGCAAUCACGAUCGCAGAGGACGUUUCGGGCAUGCCGGCACUCUGCCGCCCGGUCGAAGAGGGCGGCGUAGGCUUCGACUACCGUUUAAGCAUGGCCGUCCCCGACAUGUGGAUCAAGCUUCUCAAAGAGACGCGCGACGAGGACUGGGAUCUAGGCAACAUUGCCUUUACUCUGACUAACCGCCGCCACAUGGAGAAGAGCAUCGCUUACGCCGAGUCGCACGACCAAGCUCUUGUAGGAGACAAGACCCUUGCCUUCUGGCUGAUGGACAAGGAGAUGUACACCAACAUGUCUGACCUGACCGAGCGCACUCAGAUCAUCGACCGUGGCCUCGCCUUCCACAAGAUGAUUCGCCUCAUUACGCACGCUCUGGGUGGAGAGGGCUACCUGAAUUUCAUCGGCAACGAAUUUGGCCAUCCAGAGUGGCUCGACUUCCCUCGCCAGGGAAACAACUCCUCCUUCCAGCACGCGCGCAGGCAGUUCAACCUCGUCGAGGGGCACGAGGGCUCCUUGUUGAGGUACAAGUACCUCUACCACUUUGACAAGGAAAUGAACGCCGCGGACGCGCGCUUCAAGUGGCUCGCAGCACCGCAGGCCUACGUAUCGCGCAAGGACAAUGGGGACAGGCUGAUUGCCUUUGAUCGCGGCGGGGUAGUCUUCGUCUUCAACUGGAGCAACGACUCGUACGCGGACUACAAGAUCGGGGUGCCCGAGGCGGGGACGUAUCGUUUGGUGCUGGAUUCGGACACCAAGGAGAACGGGGGGCACGCGAGGCUGGACCAUGCGAAGACGGAGUGCUUUUCAACGCCGGGAGAUUGGGAUGGAAGGCCCCAUUCCAUUCAGGUAUACGUGCCGUCGAGGACAUGCAUCGCACUGGCGAGGGUGUGACUCUGACCCGUCUGUGAAUGAUCCCUCUUUAUGCGAUGUAAUCCAUACGAACUUCGUGACGGACCGCGCGCCCUGCGAUUGCGUGAAACAGCACGACUCUUAGCAUUAUCAAGACGUACAACACUCCAGAAUCAGUGGCAGACUCGCGAGCCCCUCUCACCGCCCGCAUGUGAGAGGUCCCGGUGGCCUGUGAUAGCCUCGCUCAGUACCAAGAUGAUGUGCUUCGUGAAGAUAUUGAUUCCCGUUAUUACAACGCCACAAACAAGCCUUCUCGAUGCCUAAAAGAAUGCCUGGUGGCCGGUAAUGGCUUGUCCAAGAAUCAAGGCGUGUAUAU